UAUGUUUGGUACAUCAGUCAAGACGCUGUGGUGGGAUUGGUGUAACUACAUUUAAAUUGUUGCUGUACUUUAAGACACUUGUGCUUUACAUUGAGUAUUUUCAUUGUGUGCAGCUUUCCAUGUUUCUACCCCACUUACCACAGGGAAAUAUUCUUCAUUUUACUCCAUGUAUAAUAAUAAACUAUACUUAAAAACAUGAAUGCAAAUCAAUCGAUUAUUAUACCUAAAUUUAGUUAUUUUAUUUGAAAAUUAGUAUUUGAGGAAUAUGGUAUUUAUAGCAAGGCAGGUGAGGGUCGAUCCUCAUGUGUAUACAGACUUAAGCUAAAGCUGACUUGAGUCUUUCUUCUUGUGUUCUUGCACAACAACUACGGUCAAAGUUUUUGUUUUGUAAAUAUUAAUUGCCCAGCUGUUUGAAAUUGCACAUCCUCUUAUCAUGUGUUGCCUGAGUGUGUGCUGGUUGAGGCUCAUUUCCCUGUUUAAAACUUCCCAUUGCAAAGAGCUGAAUUUCCACGAUCUGUCAUCUAAAAAUGUGUUGUGAAAGACAGCUAAUAAUAGGCUCUGCCCAAGUAAGUUGGGAGUUUGACACAAGUCAUUUGAUACAAAAUAAAGUAAUCCUUUAUUAUUAUAUAUUUUAGCAGACUUAAUAAUAGCCAACAGUUCACCGUGAUGAUUUGUAUUUCUCCUUUGGUUUACUUUCUAACAUUCAUCUAUUGCAAACAUAACCAACAUAGGCUGAUAUGUUCCUAUAUGUACCACUUCCUUUUUAUCUAAGAUGUGGUUUUUAAUUGCACAAACAAAGAUUUUGGUUGACCUUGUCUAGUCAUGUGAAAGUUGUUACUUCUCAUCAUGGUGGUCUUUAGCCACUUUGGAAAGUUGGCAGACCAGCCUUCAGAUAGAGGGAUUACUUAUAAAAGGUGGCUGCACUGCAAUGUUUUGUCACUUAAAGACAUUUCUCCAAACGAUGCUACGCAAGGGUAUUACAGAGAGCUUUGGGGCUGCCAUCCAUGCUUUAAACACCACCAAGUUGACAGAUGGUGUGAUUAGCAGGAGCAAAAGGAUGAUGCUGGACACCCUGGGUGUUGGGCUAAUAGGCACCAGGACAGCUGUCUUUAACAAGGCUCUCACAUACAGCCAGUCGUUCACGUCUGACAACAGCAGCAGUGUUUGGGGUAAAUCCCAGAUCACCCUUCCUCCUCAUUACGCUGCAUUUGUCAAUGGCAUAGCGGUUCACUCCAUGGACUUUGACGACACUUGGCACCCGGCUACUCACCCCUCAGGGGCUGUACUCCCCGCCCUGCUGGCCCUCGCAGAGACGCUGCCCAGCCGGCCCUCCGGUCUGGACCUACUGCUGGCCUUCAAUGUCGGCAUUGAAGUGCAGGGCCGACUCAUGAGGUUCUCCAGAGAGGCCUACAACAUCCCUGAGAGAUUCCACCCUCCCAGUGUAGUCGGGGUGAUGGGCAGCGCUGCAGCCUCAGCUAAACUCCUGGGUCUUACCCCCGCACAGUGCAUUCAUGCUCUGGCCAUCGCAUCCUCCUCUGCUGGGGCUCCUCUGGCCAACGCUGCCACGCAAACCAAACCUCUCCAUAUUGGGAAUGCUGCUAGCAGAGGGCUGGAGGCUGCUCAGCUGGCCCAGAUGGGACUGGAGGGGAACCCAGCCAUCCUGGAUAUACCCAUUGGGUUUGGGGUUUACUACAAAGACUACAGUCCUUCAGCAAUGACAGUUCCUGCUUCUGGUGACUUUAAAUGGAUACUGGAAGACCAGGAUAUAGCCUUCAAACGCAUCCCUGCUCACCUGGGGAUGCACUGGGUCGUGGAUGCAGCACUGGCAGCCCGUGCAAAGCUUGAAAACACAGCCAGAAACGUUGACCUCAGGCAGAUCAGGCGCAUCACACUCCGAGUGCCUCCCUCCAAGUAUGUCGACUGCCCCUUACCUGCCACAGAGCACCAAGCCAGGCACUCGUUUCAGUUCAACGCCUCCUCCGCCCUGCUGGAUAACAAAGUGACCGUGUCUUCCUUCAGCGAAGCUCAGAUUAACCGGCCUGCACUGAAGGAGCUCCUCUCCAAAGUGAAAGUGGAGACCCCUAAAGAUAACCAACCCAGCUUUGACAAGAUGUACUGUGAGGUUGAGAUAGAAACAGAUCAGGGGCAGAGUUACACAGCCAGAUGUGAUACCUUUUACGGCCACUGGAGGAAGCCAUUGAGUCAGGAGGAUCUGGUGGACAAGUUCAGCGUCAAUGCUUCCUCAGUGUUGUGCACAGAGGGGGUGGAGGGCCUGAUUGAUGUGAUAGGAAACAUGGAGAGAGUGAGAGAAUGCUCAAUCCUGGGUUCAUAUCUCAGGUUGACAAGAAGUCAACAAGAGCAAUGUUACAGCCCAUGAAGAAUGUAAAUAUACAAUAAAACCAAAGUGUUAAUAUUUAUAUUAAUCAAUUUUCUUCCAAUGAGUAGGAAAUAAAGGGAACAGAAAAGGUGACUUUUUAAAAUUUUAUUGCAUUUUCUUUACAAUACAUUAGUUGCUGUUGAAAAUGUGAUUUGCAUUGACUUCUUAAUACUGAUCUACUGCGCCAAACAGAGAAUUUAUUUAAAAUAAAUUCAGCCCAUAUAGUGCAAAUUCCUGCUACAAAUGUGUAUAUUUCAAACGUAUUCGGAAGCGCUUUUAAUCCUGGAGUAACUGUAUCAUUAUUCUGUCAGCAAGUUCAGCAGGCAGCUACCCUUAAGCUCUCUAAAACGACAGCCACCAUUUCUUUCUUUCCGUUUCCACACAUUUUUGAGUAUAAGCUAUUUCAAGCAAGUUUCAACACGUCCUGCACCAUCGUACCAAUUCCAUCAUAUAUCUCGUGUAUCGGAGCUUCGCACAUGAACGCAGAGGUGGUGACCAGCUUGUUCUUCUCGUCCACGUGGCUCUCGCUGACGCUCUUACUCACGUGUUUGCAGCCCAGCUCGGUGAUGGCCGCCGCGGUGUCGGUAGUGUUGGGAUACCUGAGAGAGAGAAAAGUAGCACCACACAAUGUUCAGCUGCUUAUAAAGAUAUGAAUGGUUUUGUUUUUUUCCUCAGUGUGUAGUAA